AUGUUUGUUGUUAAACAAUCGAACUCUAAACACAAAGACGAAUCUUCUAAUUUGUCUUCGAGACAAGAUUCAUCAUUACUUCCUUCGUUUAAUGAGUUAUUGACUUCCAUAAAUUUUCCAACUGAGUUAAGACAUAAUUCAACUGCUGGUUCUAUAUCUGACUCAACUUAUAUAAGGUAUAAUGGUAUUUCAGGCCCACGGGAGCACCGUAGAACCACAACUUCAAUUCUAAGUGAUAGUCAAUCAACUUGUUUACAACCAUCAUUUGUCAUCAUAAAACCACUUCAAAUAACGGCAACCAUGGCUACAACUGCUGAAAUACCAAUCAAUCAAAAUAACCAUAAUCCAUAUCCAUAUCCAUAUCCAUAUCCACAUCCACAUCCACAUCCAUAUCCAUAUACAUAUCCAUAUCCAUAUCCAUAUCCGUAUCCAUACCAAUACCAAUACCAAUACCAAUACCAAUUAUUACCAAAACAACCCUCUCAACAGCAACAGCAACAGAAACAGCAAAAGAUAUCAAUCAAUUCAGCUAGUGUGCCCGAAACAAGUCCACCAUCACAAGUCCAAUUACCCUUAAAAUCUGCACAUUCUUCAAGCAGCUCACGCAGGUCAGUAGAGAGAUCAAAUUCCAUGAAUAGUAUUAAUAGAGACUCGAUGACUUCAGCAACUUCAGUUAGCAAUGAUUUAAAGAGAAAGCACAUUUGUAAAGUCUGUUCCAGAUCGUUCACUGUUUCAAGUCAUUUGUCACGUCAUAAAAGAAUCCAUACCGGAGAAAGGAAACAUGUUUGUCCAUGGCCUUUAUGUGUAGCUCGUUUCUCUAGACCGGAUAAUUGUAUGCAACAUUAUAAGACACAUAUUAAUGGAAAGAACAGGCUUGAAAAAUCUACCAAGAAAUGUCAAUAA